UGACUCCCGGUUCUGGAGACGUCGCCAGGCCCGGCGAGUGGGACCUGGUGGACUUUGAGGAAGAGCAGCAACAGCUUCAGCUUCGACCAGAAUACGAGACCAAGUGUACCUCCCGCAGACUAAACCGCGUCACACAGGAGAUGGAGCCAUACUUACCCGUAACAUCCCAGUGUGCUCGUACAUUCCUGUCUGGAGCCACCGUCAUAUUCUGGAUCUCCCUGAUCAUAGCGUGUAUCAUUGGGGUGAUAGCCUACCGUUUGGCGGUGUACGCUGCGUUCGCUAGCAUCAUGAAGGACAGCCCCACCAAUAACAUCCACAUGGUGGGCUCCCUCAUCACCCCGCAGCUCGCCACCUCCGUCACCGCUUCCUGUAUCAACUUCGUCAUCAUCAUGAUCCUCAAUCUGAUGUAUGAGAGAGUGGCCAUCUGGAUCACUGACAUGGAGAUCCCCAAGACUCACCUGGAGUACGAGAACAAGCUGACAGUGAAGAUGUUUCUGUUCCAGUUCGUCAACUACUACUCUUCCUGUUUCUACGUGGCCUUCUUCAAGGGGAAGUUCGUCGGUCGUCCCGGAGACUACAUCUACAUGUUCGGCUGGAGCAAGCUGAGGAACGAGGAGGUAGGGUACCUAGUGUAGAGUACCUAGUAGAGUACCUAGUAGAGUACCUAGUAGAGUACCUAGUAG